AUGGUGUUGUAUAUGCUAUCGAUUUUUCAGCUCGUCGUCUGGACGGCCAUAUCAGCGAUAGCAAACUUGCACGGCCGUUUCGGCGUGGAAAUCGUCGGUGAAGUUCCCAUUGGACUACCACCACCACGAGUGCCACUAUUUGAGGGAGUAUUGAUAAAGAAAUUGAUAGUUCCGGCAAUCAGUAUUGCUGUUGUGGCUUAUGCCGUCACCGUGUCUAUGGGAAAAUUGUUUGCUCGAAAACACAAAUAUCGUAUCGACCCAGAUCAGGAGAUCUUCGCGCUUGGAAUUUCUGGUACUAUCUCGUCGUUUUUCUCGGUGUUUCCCACUUCCACCUCAUUAUCAAGAAGUCUCGUUAAUGAAGGAGCCGGUGCCCGAACGCAGGUCUCUGGACUGGUAGCAUCAUGUGUUAUUCUGUGUGUAAUACUGUUAAUCGCUCCACUACUGAACAGCCUACCGAUGUGCGUGCUGAACUCCAUCGUCGUCGUGGCGUUGUCUUCGCUGCUGACCAAAGUCACAGAAUUGCGAUAUCUCUGGCGAUUCUCCAAGCCGGACGUGAUUGUUUGGGUUUCUACUGCUCUGGUCACUAUUUUCUGGGACAUCAUCGAAGGACUCGCUACUGGAAUGGUGCUUGCACUGAUCUCAGUUGUUGUUCACACACAAAGGCCGAAUGUCUCUUUGCUCGGCGAGGUUGUUAGGUCAGACUUCCGUGGAAUUUACAACUACACACGAGCCAAGCGGACUGAAACUCCAAUUCUGCGAUUUGAUGCGCCUGUAAUCUUUACCAACGUGCAAGUACUAAAAGAAUAUAUAAGAAAAACAAUCAAGCUUGAACCAGAUUCCAAUGAGAAGAAAAAUGAUGAGAGUAUGGCAAUGGGACCUAACUGGAAGGCGAUCAUAUUGGAUUGCCGGGCCUGGACCUAUACGGACGCAAUGGGUGUAGAGGCAAUGAAAGAGUUGAACGAUGAACUCCGCUCCAAACAAGUAUUUCUGAUACUGGCCAAUAUGAAAAGUUGCCUUCGGCUCCAAUACGCCUAUGCUGGACUGUAUAGGACGUUCCCUGCUAGAAUUCGAACGAACUCGGAAGCAUUCUUCAAGGCUGACAAGGAUGACCUCGUUGGCGUCAAGUAG